CCGAAUUGCUUAUAGUAUCCAUCGCGAGGGACGACAGGCGACCAGACCGGAGCCUCGCUGCAGGGACCAACGGCCGGCUUUAAACAUUGUUUUAAACGAUUUUAACGCGGUUUUAAACCUUUUUAUAUCUCACUUGUUGAGCUAGCCGUUUGCCAUGCCAUCCAAGACUUCCGUGUCUCUUCCAGAGGAUGUCAGGAAAAGGCUGCAGGUGCUGGAUGAGGAUGGCUCUUCAGGCGAGGAUCAUGUGAAAGAGAAGCUCAAGUUGGUGCAGAACUUCCUGCAUGUCGACGCUCAGGACCAGCUGACCAGCCUGGAGGAGAAAAUGAAGAGUUCAGAGAUGUCAAUGGACGUUUACCUCUCCAAAGUAAAGGCCUUGCUGGGAAAAGAGCUUAAUCAUGAGAAUGGCUCACACGUUGACUGCGUUGAGCACAAUGGAAAGACUGUUUUAUCUAAUGGUUCUCACAAAGACAAGCACAGUGAAGAUGUAACCAUGGACGCACAGGAGGAGGAGGAGGAGGCUGUCAAGUUGCCAACUGCAUCAAAAGGGAAAGGUGGACGAAAGAGCAAAACAAAUUCUGACAACACAAAAUCUCCGGCCAGUACCAGAGUUACGAGAAACUCUGGGAAACAGCCCACAAUCAUGUCAAUGUUCUCUAAAGUUCAAAAGCGAAAGUCUGACGACUUGAACGGAGACGCUGCUAAUGGAGAAAAUGAAGGGAAGAAAAAGGAAGACGAUGUAGAGGAGACUCGCGAGGAGAAACGUCUCAAAGUUGAAUCGGAUGAAACUGCUGCUCCAGAAAAAUCGGAGAGUGAGAUCACCAAACCGGUCUCUGCGGCAAAGACACCGCCCCCAAAAUGUACAGACUGCAGACAAUACCUGGACGAUUCCGAUCUAAAGUUCUUUCAAGGAGAUCCUGAUACUGCGCUUGAUGAACCAGAGAUGCUGACGGACGAGCGUCUUUCCCUGUUCGACUCCAACGAGGACGGAUUUGAGAGCUACGACGAUCUGCCACAGCACAAGAUUACGAAUUUCAGCGUCUACGACAAGCGUGGCCACCUCUGUCCAUUCGACUCCGGGCUGAUUGAGAAGAAUGUGGAGCUCUACUUCAGCUGCGUUGUCAAACCAAUCUAUGAUGACAACCCGUGCUUGGAUGGUGGAGUUCCUGCCAAGAAGCUUGGACCCAUCAAUGCUUGGUGGAUUACUGGGUUUGAUGGUGGCGAAAAGGCUUUAAUUGGUUUCACAACAGCUUUUGCUGAUUACAUCCUGAUGCAGUCCAGUGAGGAGUACGCACCCAUCUUUGCUGUGAUGCAGGAGAAGAUCUACAUGAGCAAGAUCGUGGUGGAGUUUCUCCAGAAGAAUCCUGAUGCUUCUUAUGAGGACCUUCUCAACAAGAUUGAGACAACAGUCCCUCCGGCAGGGCUGAACUUUAACUGCUUCACGGAGGACACGCUGCUGCGCCACGCCCAGUUUGUGGUGGAGCAGGUGGAGAGCUACGACGAGGCGGGCGACUCUGACGAGCAGCCCAUCAUCGUCACUCCCUGCAUGAGAGACCUGAUCAAGCUGGCAGGAGUCACUCUGGGGAAGAGCAUGCUGCUGUACUGGAGAGCAGCCAGAAGACAGGCCAUCCGCCACCCAACCAAGAUCGAGAAGGACAACAAGGGCCCGACUAAAGCGACCACUACCACGCUGGUGUACCAGAUCUUUGAUACCUUCUUCUCUGAACAGAUUGAGCAGAACGAUAAAGACGGUGCUGGGGCCAAAAGGCAGCGCUGUGGUGUCUGUGAGGUUUGCCAAGCUCCGGAUUGUGGGAAGUGUCCAGCUUGCAAGGACAUGAUCAAAUUUGGGGGAGGUGGCAAAAGCAAGCAGGCCUGUAAGCAGAGAAGAUGCCCAAACCUCGCAGUAAAGGAGGCUGAAGAUGAUGAGAUUGUUGAAGAGGAAGAUGUUCCAGUGGAGAAGCCAAAGAAAGUGUCUCACCCGAAGAGGAAGAAGCAGACCCAGUGCAAACUGUCCUGGAUCGGAGAGACCGUUCAGACUGAAGGAAAGAAGCGUUACUACCGGAAGGUCUGCGUGAACGACGAGGUGUUGGAGGUGGGCGACUGCGUCUCUGUUUCAUCAGAGGACCCAUCGCUGCCUCUGUAUCUGGCACGGAUCGCAUCAAUGUGGGAGGACAACAAUGGCCAGAUGUUUCAUGCCCACUGGUUCCAUCGUGGGACCCAAACUGUGUUGGGAGAAUCCUCCGAUCCACUGGAGCUCGUCAUGGUGGACGAGUGUGAAGACAUGCUGCUCAACUACGUGCAGGGAAAAGUCAACGUCAUGUACAAGGCCCCGUCCGACAACUGGUUCAUGGAGGGAGGCAUGGAUUUGGAAAUCAAGGUGAUUGACGACGACGGGAAGAGUUUCUUUUAUCAGUUCUGGUACGACACGGACUGCGCCCGCUUUGAGACGCCUCCCAAGACCUCGGCAUCGGAAGACUGCAAGUUCACCUUCUGUUUAAGCUGCGUUCGGGCCCAAGAGAGGGAGGAACGGGAAAGGCCUCGUGCAUUUGAUCCCAUAGCAGACCAGGACCAUGACUCCAAGGUUCUCUACGCUCUGGCCUGCUUCCAGGGGGAGCAGUUCAAAGUGGGAGACAGUGUCUACAUGCAUCCAGACGCUUUCAAUUUCAGUGUGAAGCCAGCGAGUCCAGUGAAGCGCUCUCAUAGGAAGGAGGACGUGGAUGAGGACUUGUACCCGGAAUACUACCGGAAGUCCUCGGACUACAUCAAGGGGUCAAACCUGGACGCUCCGGAGCCCUUCCGCAUCGGGCGCAUCAAGGAGAUCUUCUGUCAGAAACGCGGCAACGGGAAAUGCGACACCUCGGAGGUCAAACUGCGACUCUACAAGUUCUACAGGCCUGAGAACACUCACAAAGGUGUCAAAGCCAGUUACCACGCAGACAUCAACCAGCUGUACUGGAGUGACGAAGAGGUCACCGUCAACAUGGCGGACUUGCUCGGCCGCUGCCAAGUAGAAUAUGCGGAAGACCUGAAUGAAUCGGUCCAGGACUAUUCCAGUGGUGGAACUGACCGCUUCUAUUUUCUGGAGGCCUAUAAUGCAAAAUCAAAGAGCUUUGAAGAUCCUCCAAACCAUGCACGCUCUGUUGUGCAUAAAGGCAAAGGAAAGGGCAAAGGGAAAGGUAAAGGCAAAGGAAAAGCUGCUGCACAGGAACAGCAGGACUCUCAGAGCGACGCACAGACGGUCAAAGUGCCCAAAUAUCGCGCCCUGGACGUGUUUUCUGGCUGCGGCGGACUCUCCGAAGGCUUCCACCAGGCCGGUAUGACUGAGACUCUGUGGGCCAUAGAGAUGUGGGAGCCGGCAGCACAGGCCUUCAGGCUCAACAACCCCGGUACCACGGUGUUCACGGAGGACUGCAACGUGCUGCUCAAGCUGGUCAUGUCGGGAGAGAAGACCAACUCUCUGGGCCAGAAGCUGCCUCAGAAGGGCGACGUGGAGAUGCUGUGCGGAGGGCCGCCUUGCCAAGGCUUCAGCGGCAUGAACCGCUUCAACUCUCGCACCUACUCAAAGUUCAAGAACUCCCUGGUGGUCUCUUAUCUCAGUUACUGUGACUACUACAGACCAAAGUUCUUCCUGCUGGAGAACGUGAGGAACUUUGUCUCCUUCAAAAGCUCGAUGGUCCUGAAGCUGACUCUUCGCUGUCUGGUGCGCAUGGGCUACCAGUGCACCUUCGGGGUCCUUCAGGCCGGUCAGUACGGCGUCGCCCAGACGCGCCGCAGGGCCAUCAUCCUGGCUGCUGCUCCCGGGGAGAAGCUGCCCCGCUACCCCGAGCCUCUGCACGUGUUCGCUCCCAGAGCGUGUUCCCUCAGCGUGGUGGUGGACGAGAAGAGACACGUCAGCAAUGUCACACGAGGUAACGGCGGGAUCUACAGAACCAUCACGGUCAGAGACACCAUGUCUGACCUGCCAGAGAUUCGCAAUGGUGCCGCUGGGCUGGAGAUCUCCUACAACGGAGAGCCUCAGUCUUGGUUCCAGAGGCAGAUCAGAGGGACCCAGUACCAGCCCAUCCUCAGGGAUCACAUCUGCAAGGACAUGAGCGCGCUGGUUGAAGGCCGCAUGCGUCACAUCCCGUUGGCCCCCGGCUCCGACUGGAGGGAUCUGCCCAACCUGGAGGUUCGGCUCAAAGAUGGCUCCAUGACCAAGAAACUGCGCUACUCUCACGCGGAUAAGAAGAACGGGCGCAGCAGCACCGGCGCGCUCAGAGGGGUUUGCACCUGUUCAGGAGGUACUCCGUGCGACCCCGCUGACCGGCAGUUCGGCACCCUGAUCCCGUGGUGUCUCCCCCACACCGGGAACCGCCACAACCACUGGGCCGGCCUCUACGGCAGGCUGGAGUGGGACGGCUUCUUCAGCACGACCGUCACCAACCCGGAGCCCAUGGGCAAGCAGGGUCGUGUUCUGCACCCCGAGCAGCACAGAGUGGUCAGCGUGAGGGAGUGUGCUCGCUCUCAGGGAUUCCCCGACACGUACCGCUUCUUUGGAAACAUCCUGGACAAACACAGACAGGUCGGCAACGCGGUGCCGCCUCCGCUCUCCAGAGCCAUCGGCCUGGAGCUGAAGAAGUGUGUCCUGGAGAGGAUGAAGGAGGAACAAGCAUCAGACGCUGUCAAACAAGAGAAGAUGGAGGGCUCUGACUAGUUCCCCUGCAGCAAGAAUCGGUUCCAAUAUUUCUGUCAACUGACUGGUCUUUAACGGUGUCACUCUAUGACGUUCAAUGUUUUUGUUUUAACUGCUUUUAAUCAUGUGGAACAAAUUGUAUGUAGUUUUUAUAUGUAAUAUUUCAAAUAAAGCUCUUAUGAAA